GGCGAGUCUCAGAUGGUGUCCAAUCAGAUCCAAGCGGCACUGGACUCGUUCAGCCGGGCCGUUGCUCUGAUACCAAACGAUGCGGAGGCGUGGCGGCUGCAGGGGUGGGGGCACAAGGAGGCCGGCAACUGGCGCGAGGCAGAGGCCAGCUUCAGUAGGAGCGUUCAGCUGAAUGAGAGGCUCAGCCCUCAUCAGUCCUCCGCCGUUUCGUUAGUUUUCCGUAUCACUCUAAUGAAACCCUUCCAUCUAUCUCUCCAUCUCGUUCCCCUCGCCUCCCUGCUGCUGUUUCCUUGCAGUUUCCUUCCUGCACUGAUCAUGUGGGUGGAGCUGCGGCAUGCGGUAGGCGACCACAGGCGACCACAGGUGCGGAUAGGAAGGCAGGGGGAAAUGAGGAUGUGGUGUGGGGGGGCAGGAGGGGGGGGGGAGGAUGAAGGGGGAGUGAGCCUCUGUGAGGCUCCUCAAAGCUUGAUCAACUGGGUGGAGCUGAGGCAUGUGGCAGGCGACCACAGGGGCGCGUUGCAGCUGCUGGAGAGGGCACUGCAGCAGCACCCGGCAAGCGUGCAGCUCAGAUACUUGGAGGCCUCCUGCCACCACGCUGUUGGGAACUUUGUUCAAAGCAUCACCCUAUACAACAACUUGCUUUCUCUCUCGCCGCAGCAGCACGAGCAGGCUUUUGUCUUCCUCGCCUUCUUCCAAAGGGAGGUGGCAACGCACAUGGCAAUGACCAUCAACGACCCCUUUCCUGACUUCAGCAUCAACGACCGUUUCAGCAGCGUCUUCAAGGAGGGGUGGGCGCGUGCGUUCCACCCAGCAGAAGUGGUGCAGAGAGGCUAUGCCAUGCUCGCCGACUCGCACGCCCUCCUCUCCUCUCUGCAGCGCCGCCAGCUGCUUCUCGUGCAGCGAGCUCAGGAGGAGGAGCGAGAAGAGGAGGAGAGGAAGAGGAAAGGGAGGAGGGCUGAGAGGAGGAAGGGGGUUGGAGCAGGGGUUUCCCUGGCUGAUAGGAAGAGGGAGCUGCUGAGGUGGGCGGAUUCGAUUGGCCGGCGCGUGCAUUACAACGUGACGGGGUUUUUGGGGAACCCGAGGCAGCAGCGGGCGGCCGGGUUGGCAGCACUUGAGAUCAUGCAGAGAGUGAGGGGGGCGUGGGGGGAGUGGAUGGAGAAGGGGCGCGUGGAGAGGGGCAGCAGUGCGGAGGAGGUGGAGGAGGGGGUGGGGGUGGGGUGGAGGGACGUGUACGGCAUGGGAGUGAGAUGGCGCCAGAUUGCCGAACCUAACGACCCCAUCGUGUGGAUCGACGGCCUCACAGGCCACUCUCUCACCGUGUGCUCUCCUCCUCUCCCGCCCAGGAGGGAGUCAUUUGAGAGUGGCUUUGGCUCCACCACGCCCAUGGUCUCUGGUCCCGCCCACAACAUCCGCUACGCCAUGCACGCUCCCAGAGCGCUUGAGAUGGUGAAGGCUAUCAUUGGGGAGCAAGGCAAGGUGUACCGAGGGGGGUAUGAGGAGAUAGUUCUCUCCACGCAUGCCCUGAAGCAGAAACACUCCUUCACUCCUCGCCUCCCUCCUCCCCUUCUCCCCCCAUCAGGUGGCAGUAGCCUCGGAUCACACCCAUCUGUGGCACGCGGUGCAGCAGCCAUUCUUUGUCUUCACGCCCUGCCAGAGUACAGCCUUCCCCAACUUCCACGCGCUUCACCUCUCUUACUGGUCUUUUUCAACCCGCCUGCCUCUCUGUCCCCCUGCCUGCCUCUCUGUCCCCCUGCCUGCCUCUCUGUCCCCCUGCCUGCCUCUCUGUCCCCCUGCCUGCCUCUGUGCCCACAUGCCUGCCUCUGUGCCCACAUGCCUGCCUCUCUGCCCACAUGCCUGCCUCUCUGCCCACGUGCCUGCCUCUGCCUCCAUCCCCGCCUCUCCCCCCAUGACUGCAGCAAGACACUCAACGGCACUCGACUCGCCCUCUUGACCAGGUGUGUCGCCGCCCUCUGUUCAAAGGCUCCUGCUUCCUCUGACCUGCUCUACCCACCUCUUUCAGUCGCACUCUUCCCUUCCUCAUACAAGGCCACCAGAGAAUACGGCCCACCUCCUGCUUGUUCUUUUCAACCAUACGGAGUGGAGUUUCUGAUCGAAACGGUGCUCACGCCCCAUAGGUGGAACGAGUUUGAUGCUGAGAUGGCGGCUUCUUGGAAGGCCGUCUGCCUAGCAGUGGCGAACACGCCUCUCCGCGACUCUGACCUUCCCGCCUAUCGCAAGGCCGUGCAGGACAGCAUUCUCAGAAUGGCAUACUACUGGUACAACUUCAUGCCCUUGGCACGCGGCACAGCCAUGACAGGCCACGUCAUCACGCUCGGCCUGCUCCUCGCCAUUGACCUGCACGCCUCCCAGCCCAUCCCCCCUAACGUCCAGGUGGACUGGGAGUCCAUCCUGUGCCCCUCAGCCGCUCUCUUCCUCCGCUCCGUCUCCUCCUGGCUCUACCCUUCUCUCAACCAUGAGCCGCGCCUGAAGGAGCUUCUGAGUGUUGAAGAUGCAUUCCCUUCCCUGGGUGACGUGGUGGAAGUGCUUAGUGCUGCGGUGGGGGAGGAGGGAGAGGAGAUUGGAAAGGAGAGGGGAGAGGAUGCGGGUGAAGAGGGGGGAAAGGAGGGGGGAAUGCACGGGAGAGAGGAAGGGGGAGAGGAGGAAAGACGAGGAAUCAGGGGUGGAAAGCAACGGCGUGGAGGGGCGUUGGAAGGAAGGGAUUUGGUGUCAGGAGACGAGUUUAGUGAAGGGUCAAGCAGUGGGAGUAAGCAGAUGGAUGGGGUGCGUGAGAAGGAAUUGGAAGGAAAUGUGGCUGAGGUUAAGGUUAAGGGUGGGGAGGAGAGUGAGUCUGGGGAGAGGGAGGAGAGUGAGGGUGGGAAGAGGGGACGGAGAGGGGGACGCAGAGCACAGAGGGAGAAGGAAAGAAGGGAGAGGGAAGAGCGGUUGCGAGAGGAGAAGAGAGCAAGGGAGGAAGGAGCAAGCGAAGGGAAAGGGGAGGAGCGAGUUAGUGAAGCCAGAACCGAGGGGAAAGAGAGGACGCAGGAGCUAGAGGAGGAGGCUGAGAGUGAGGGAGGUGGGAUAGGAGGCAAAGGGAGAGGGUUGGCAGGCGGUGAUAGGGAGAGGGGAGGGGAGUCAGAUGAGGACGAUAGGGCAGGAGACCGAGGUGGUGAGACAGCAGACCGAGGUGGUGAGACAGCAGUGGAGGAAGGGAUGGAGAAGAGGGGGAGGAGAGGGAGGGGGCGGAGAGAGGAGAGGAGACUGAGGAGGGAGAAAGGGGAGGAACGAGAGGAAGAGGGGAGUGGUGUGGAGGAGCAUGAGAACAAGGCAAAGGGCAAGGGGGACGUAAAGGUAAUCACUGCGGGCACAUCUACUAUCAAGGACAAUGAGAAGGACGUGGAGAGGGAGAAGGAGAGGGAGAAGGAGAAGGAGAAAGAGAGGGAGAAGGAGAAGGAGAGGGAGAAGGAGAAGGAGAAAGAGAGGGAGAAGGAGAAGGAGAGGGAGAGGGAGAAGAAGGAGAGGGAGAAGAAGGAGAAGGGACACAAGAGAGAGAAGAUGGUAAAGGAGAAGGGAGAACAAGAGAUGGCGGCAGCUGCAGAGUCCAGGCGGAAUUCAGCCAAGGGGAGAGCUGGUGCCCGUCCAAAGAAGCGGUGGGGCAGCGAUGUGACUCUCGAAGCAGCAGUGGGGCUGGUGAGUGGCAGUGGGGGGGUGAGUGGCAGUGGGGCUGGUGAGUGGCAGUGGGGGGUGGGGUUGGUGAGUGGCAGUGGGGGGGUGAGUGGCAGUGGGGGGGUGAGUGGCAGUGGGGGGGUGAGUGGCAGUGGGGGGGUGAGUGGCAGUGGGGGGGUGAGUGGCAGUGGGGGGGUGAGUGGCAGUGGGGGGGUGAGUGGCAGUGGGGGGGUGAGUGGCAGUGGGGGGGUGAGUGGCAGUGGGGGGGUGAGUAGCAGUGGGGGGGUGAGUGGCAGUGUGGGGGUGAGUGGCAGUAGGGGGGUGAGUGGCAGUGGGGGGGUGAGUGGCAGUGGGGGGGUGAGUGGCAGUAGGGGGGUGAGUGGCAGUGGGGGGGUGAGUGGCAGUGGGGGGGUGAGUGGCAGUGGGGCGGCGCAAGCAGGCAACUACGAGGCUGCAAUUGAAGCAUUUGCACAGCUGGAGGAGCAGGGCGAGGAGGAGUCUGCAGGGCUGCUGGCGUGGAGGGGGGCGGCCAACUCCCUCACAGGCCGCCACACGCAGGCCAUCACUGACCUCACCAAGGCCUUGAAGAUCAUUCCAUCGGAUCUGCCCAUCCACCAGCAACUGCUGCAGCACCGCGCCGUCUCUCACCUCAGGCUGCAACGGUUCUCUGAGGCUAUAGCGGACUGGACUACCAUGAUUGCUGCCGACCCGAGCAAUGUCGCUGCCAUUCGUGAGAGAGGCAUGGCUCGUGUGAACAGCAGGGAUUUCAAGGACGCCAUUCCGGACCUCACCACCGCACUGCACCACUCUCCACACGAGCACACCCUCCGCCUCUUCCUGGGCAACGCCUUAUACCACAUGGGGCGAUGGUCCGAAGCAGCAGCAGCGGGGGGAGGCGUGGCGCGUGCUCACUUCUCUCCCUACUGUUAUCAUUCCCCUCUGCUCUUCCCCAGGGCAACGCCUUAUACUACAUGGGGCGGCGGUCAGAGGCAGCAGCAGCGCUGCAGGCCGUGGUGCGUGCAGAGCCGCAGCGGGGGGGGGCGUGGCGCGUGCUCACUUCUCUCAACUGUUAUCAUCCCCCUCCCACCUAAUCUUCAGGGCAACGCCUUGUACCACAUGGGCCGCCGGUCAGAGGCAGCAGUAGCGCUGCAGACCGUGGUGCAAGCAGAGCCGCAGCGGGGGGAGGCGUGGCGCGUGCUGGGGGACGUGCGGAGGGACAUGGGGGAAGUGGGGGAGGCGGAGAGGUGCUAUGGGCAUGCGCUUAAAGAGUUCCCCAGUGAUAUGCCCACGCUGCACUCGUGGGUGAAGCUGCUGCAAUCCACCGGCAGGCACAGGGAGGUAAUCAGCCUGAUCUCAAAGUACCUCCCCUACCACCCCACUAACGUGGAGCUGCGCUAUUGGUUGGCAUCAUCGCACCACUCCUCGGCUGACUUUCCCAAAGCUAGGCGACAAAUUCAUGGCAUCUCCCCACUCCUCUCCCCAUUCCUCUCUCCACUCCUCCCCACCCCUCUCCCCACUCCUCCCACUCCCCUUCCCACUCCUCUCCCCACUCCUCUCCCCGUUCCCCUCCCCACUCCACUCCCGUUCCCUCUCUCCUCAACCAUCCCUCCACCAGGAGAGCUGGGCAUACCGCUAUCCACGAGAUGCGCUGCUCCAGGCAGGCUACAAGCGCAAGGCCCUUUUGUCAUUGCCUCGGUCUCCCAAGUCCUCUCCUCACUGCCCUCCCCACUCCUGAUUCCGCCAUCCCCUCACCAGGAGAGCUGGACGUACCGCUAUCCACCAGAUGCCCUGCUGCGGGCAGGCUAUGAGCCCAUGGCUCUGCCGCUAUCUGGAGGACGGGGCAACGGCAGCACAUGCAGUGGGGAGGGCGAGGGGGCAAGGCUGGGUGCUGCCCACGUGGAGGCUGUUGAUUGGGCGGACCGGCUGGGCAGCCUGAUUCAGUACCACUGUGCUGGCUUCCUCAAUAACGGGCGGCAGCAAAGGGCAGCAGGGCUAGCCAUGCUGGCCAUCAUGCACGCACUCAGGCACGAGUGGGCCCGCCUUCUCGCCUCCUCGUCUCGCCCAGCCAGUGCCAGCAGCGGCGCUGACGUGGCGCUGACGUGGCGUGACGUGUACUCCAUGGCUGCCACGUGGCGGCAGGUAGCGGAACCAACGGAUAAAGUGAUGUGGUCCGAUCGAUACACGGAGAGUGGGUUCAACAAGGGGGUCAUCUCCAGCACCCCCAUCUCAUACGGCCAAUCGCUUAACUUCAAAUACGGCGCAUAUGCCGACAGGGCGUUUGUGAUUCUGAAGCAGCUGCUGCUGGAGAGAGGAGUGGUGAAGGCGCAGGAUGGGCUGGUGGAGGUUCCACUCACCAAGGCCGUGCUCAGAGAGGCGCGCAAGGCCAGCACCCACACGCAGCUAGCCGCGGCAGUCAGCCAACCCUCCUUCUACACGCCGCUGCUCAUCCCCAGCUCCGCACAGCCCGGGAAGCUUAUUGAAGGCACACGAAUAUCAGUGUUUCCUAAUCCCGACUCGCCCGAGCCCGAGCUAGCAAUCGAGCUCAUGCUCAAGCCGGAGCGGUGGAGGGAGUAUGAGAGGGAGAUGGACGCUGCAUGGCAGGCCAUCCGCCUGGCAGUGGUGAACACGUCUCUCCGCGACUCUGACUUCCCGGCCUACCGCAAGGCAGUUCAGGACAGCGUACUCAGAAUGGCCUAUUACUGGUACAACUUCCAGCCCUUGUCGCGAGGUACAUCAGGCACGGGUUACGUGGUAACGCUCGCUAUGCUACUGUCCAUGGACCUGCAAGUCACCACCGCCAUCCCUCCGGGCGUGCAGGUUGACUGGGAGGCGCUCCUCUCACCAACUCCCGCAGACUUCACAGCCGCCAUCUCAGAGUGGCUGUACCCGUCGCUCGCGUAUACUCCAGAGUUGGCCCAGAUCCCACAGAUCAGUGACACGUUUCCAUGCCUUCGUGAGGUUUUCCUUGCUCUAGAGUAG